AUGUUGGAGUUGACGGUGACACCUCCACGACCUCCCCACGCCGAGAUUGCUCUGGAAAAUGAUGACAAGGAGAAGCGUACUUUUGAGAAGAAGAGCGCCAAGCGCGUCGGCAGAAACGAUGACAGCAAUGCGGACGCCAGCGACUCGGCCAGUCCCAAGCGCAAGGCAUUUAGAGGCUUCCAGAAGCCGUUUUACCUGAGCGAGAGUCCUUUCUGUGUUCGUGAGCGUAGCAUAGGGAUGUGCAGUGAAACUCGAGCGCGAAAGGCUGCCAUGGUGCUUGGCGAACAUAAUGUGCGGCCACCAAAGCAAAGAGUGCAAUCAAGAGAGCGAAUGAUAGUAGAACGUGUUGAAAGACUAAUACGAUGGCUUCUUGCAACCUUUUCUUCUCGCCUUACGAAGGUGCUCAUGGUGGUGCACGAGGCUGGUAUGUGCCAGCAUCUCAAUCAAAUUGACUCUUUGUGA